AUGCCUCUCCUUGAUCCUCGCUCCAGUCCGUCCUACGGCGCUAUUGAACAGGAGCAUGACUGUGACACUCAUAGAGAUCAGGAACGAGAUCGUCUGUUGCAAGAUGAGUACCACUACCAAACCGACGGAGAGGACAGUGAGAUCUCAUCGCUGGACGAAGCGCAAGAAGGAGUGCGCAAAAUCGAAGCCAUCAAUAUGACUUGGACUACUCGGUCGUUGAUUAUUGCCUACGUCAGUAUAUUCUUGAUGGCCUUUUGCACUUCUCUCGAGAGUCAGACUGUCAUGUCCUUGGUGCCUUAUGCGACGAGCGCAUUUAGCAAGCAUUCGUUGAUUUCCACCGUCCUCGUGGUGCAGAAUGUAGUCAAUGCCGUUAUCAAACCACCCAUGGCAAAGAUCGCCGACGUCUUCGGUCGCUUCGAAGCUUUCUGUGUGAGCAUUCUGAUCUACAUCUUGGGUUAUGUGCAGAUGGCCUCCUCCACCAAUGUCCAGACCUACGCCUCCGCUCAGAUCUUCUACUCCGCCGGCUCAACGGGUCUGCAGAUCUUGCAACAGGUGUUCAUCGCCGACAGCAGUGACUUGCUGAACCGUGCUUUUCUGGCUCUUCUCCCCGAAUUUCCAUUCCUGAUCACCGUAUGGCUUGGUCCAACUAUUGCCGGGGCCGUCCUUCGCUCAACAUCGUGGCGAUGGGGGUAUGGUAUGUGGGCAAUAAUCCUGCCUGCGGCCUUCUUACCUCUCGCUCUUUCAUUGCUUCUGAAUCAGCGCAAAGCCCGAAGAUUGAAUCUGAUCAAGUCUUCUCGCAAAAAGCGGAGACGCAGCGUUUUCGCUAUCAUGAGACGCACUUGGUAUGACCUGGAUGUCGGCGGUUUGAGCUUGCUCUCCGCUGCGGUCACUCUGAUCCUUGUGCCUUUGACUUUAGCAGCCAGUGCUAAGAAUGGAUGGAUGAAUCCCAGCAUUAUUACGAUGAUGGUAAUCGGACUCGUGUGUCUGGUCAUCAUGCCAUUUUACGAAACUUCUAAGAAGCUCGCGCCCAAACCAUUACUUUCUCUGCAUCUUCUUAAACAGAAAACGGCUCUUGCAGGUUGCUUUCUCGCAUUCUGGUACUUCAUGGCAUUCUACUUCUCCGUCCAGCCAUACCUCUACUCCUACCUCCAAGUUGUCCAAAACUACGACGUCGCGACAGCCGGUCGCGUCACACAAACAUUCGCCUUCACCUCAACAAUAGCCGCCUUCAGCGUCUCCCUCCUGAUAAAAUACACGCGCCGCUACCGAAUCUUCGUAACAAUCGGCUGCGUAAUCUACAUGACAGGCCUAAUCCUGAUGCUAACCUACCGGACCGCAAACGCCUCCCACGCCCAAGUCCUCUUCACGCAAAUCCUAGUCGGCUGUGGCGGAGGCCUCCUAAACGUUCCCGUCCAACUAGGCGUCCAAGCCUCAGCAAGCCACCAAGAAGUCGCCGCCGCAACAGCCAUGUUCCUCACAUCGAUGGAACUAGGCGGUGCCAUCGGCGCGGCCAUCUCCGGCGCUGUUUGGACCCAUUCCAUCCCAGCGAAACUCCUGAAAUACCUACCCGCAGAAAGCCAACCCGCCGCCGCGGAGAUCUUCGGAAGUCUCGCUAAGGCGUUGGAAUAUCCUGUCGGUUCGCCGACUCGCAUCGCUAUCAAUCGCAGUUAUCAGGAGACGAUGAAUCGGCUGCUCACUCUCGCUGUUAUUGCUACUUUGCCGCUUAUCCCGCUCAGUCUUGUCAUGGAGAAUUAUAAGCUGGAUAAGAUGAGUCCGAAGAGUCAGAAUGAAGAGGAUUCCCCAUUGACCGUCGUCGACCCGGAACCCGAGUCGGAAGACUCCCAUUCGAAGCGCACUUGA